GAAAAAUGGGAAUCGGAUCCAGCUGAACCAGAGUAGGGGGAUCAAAUCAAAUCAAAAUAAAAAAUCAAUUUAUUAUUUAGUUUAUAUGAAGAAGAAGAAGGAUUGUAAUUAAAUGAUUUAUUUAAAUCAUAGGAACGGUCAGUCGCUCUUCUUUGCUUUCCUUCUCUCUUUCAACGGUCGGUUUGCUUUGCUUUGCUUUUUUUUUUAUUCCAUUUAUUCCAUUUUAUCUCAUUUUCUUUAUUUUUUGGGGGUGAAAUUCUUCGAGGAUGAUCAGAUGCAAAAUCGAAGGUGUUGAUUAUAUGCCUCUUGCUUUUUCUUUUUCGUCAUUUUCGUCCUUUUUCUUUUUAUUUUUCCCUCUUCCCCC